CUCCUCUCCUUACCCCUAAUUAUUCUCUCUCUUUCUUUCGGAAUAUGUCUUUCAUGUCUUCCAGUUUUACUUAGAACUCCAUCUUCUUCUUCUUCUUCGUUUAUUUCUCUCAAAAUCCCACAAGGAAAAAAUGUUGUUCCUCAACAACAAUAACUAGAUUUCGCUUUGAUUUUUUCUACUGUUUUGGACAAUAAUUAAAGGAAAAGAUAGCCGAGGGGCGGAGGGGGAGGAACAGCUCUGAAAUCACAUCACUUUUUCCGGUUUCUCGUGGCGCAAGAUGAGUGCUUCGAGGUUCAUCAAAUGCGUCACCGUUGGUGACGGUGCUGUCGGCAAGACUUGCAUGCUCAUCUCCUACACCAGCAAUACCUUCCCAACUGAUUAUGUGCCGACUGUCUUCGACAACUUUAGUGCAAACGUGGUUGUGGAUGGGAACACUGUUAAUCUGGGAUUGUGGGAUACUGCUGGCCAGGAAGAUUACAAUAGAUUAAGACCUUUGAGCUACCGUGGAGCUGAUGUCUUCUUGUUGGCAUUCUCUCUCAUUAGCAAAGCCAGCUAUGAAAAUGUUGCUAAGAAAUGGAUCCCGGAGUUGAGGCAUUAUGCACCUGGUGUUCCAAUUAUUCUUGUUGGGACUAAGCUUGACCUUCGGGAAGAUAAGCAGUUCUUCAUAGAUCACCCUGGUGCAGUGCCCAUCACCACAGCCCAGGGAGAGGAGUUGAGAAAGCUAAUUGGAGUGCCUAUUUACAUCGAGUGUAGUUCAAAGACGCAGCAGAACGUGAAAGCAGUCUUCGAUGCAGCCAUCAAAGUGGUUCUCCAGCCACCGAAGCAGAAGAAGAAAAAGAAGAGAAAGUCACAAAAGGCCUGUUCGAUAUUGUGAUUCACACCAUGAAAAACAGUUAUGGAUGCACGGAUGGAUACCGUGACCCAUUUUGGCACAUAAAAAUCUGUUAGUCUCUCACCAUGUCGAUUAUCUUUCUCACCUUGAGAAAAUAGCCUCCUUUGUGGUAUGUAUCUGAAC